GCCAACAGUAGCCAUGCGUAGUGCGUAAUACCGUAUUAAAGUUUCAAUACUUCGAUAUAGUUUUUGUUUAAAUUAAUUGUUGUAAAGAUGUAUCUGAGUUUGUCUGUUGUUUUGCUUUUAUCCAGUUUUAGGGGAUAUGAAGCUUGCUUUACAGAAGAAGAAACCGAAAUAGCUAAAGUAAAAUCUGGAAGUUCCUUCUUCCAAGAAUGCAGAUGUGACGAACCAGACCCUAAGGGCAAACAUUUAAAAUGGUUCGACAUAAACGACCAAGAAAUCGUUACCUUAGGACCAGGUACGAAAUCAAAUAUAUAUACGGAAUGGCUGGACGGUGCUUUCGGAUUGUAUAUUUCUAACGUAACCAAAUCGAUAUCUGGAGCAUACAAGUGUUUGACAAGUUAUAAUGGCCAACUGUAUACAAGGACAUUCAACGUGGAAGCUUACGAUCCACCUUACUUCGUUAACACAGCAGAAACACAGUAUGUGGUUAAUGGCAAAGAUGAACUAGUUGUCUGUGAAGCACGGGGUGAGACUGAUCCAUUUAUAAGCUGGCAUAAGAAUGAAGACGGUUUUAUUGAGAUAUCAGAUGAUGACAAAUACGAAGUAAUUUCAUCACGAGGACUCGUAAUAAAGAAUGUUAAUAAAGAAGAUAGCGGUGUUUACAAAUGUACUGCAUCAGAUCUUGAAACCGGCGAAGGAAUCGAUAGAGACAUAAAUGUUGUGGUAACGUACAUGCCUACAAUAGAUGGAUUGAUAGCUACACCACAAGCUACUGUCGUCGUUGGUGGUUCUUUGACUAUAGAAUGUGCAGCAAAUGGCAUGCCCCAUCCUCAUUAUAUGUGGAAAAAAGUUUCAGAAAUCGAGCCGACAGAUGUUAACGUGACUUGGCAUGAAAUUGCAAAUAGCAUUAUAUUCGAUAGCGUAGUCGCGGAAGACAAAGGUGUCUACGAAUGUACCGCCUAUAACGAAGCUGGAAAUGCAACUAAAUUAAUUAGUAUUGACGUAUUAGUACCACCGGAAAUCACAGAAUUCAACAAUGUCACAGUCAUCGAAGGUCAAAUGGCUGAAGUGACAUGCAAAGCGACUGGAAGACCAAAACCUAAGAUUAUCUUGAGCUUUCAAGGAGAGGUUGAUGAAGAUAUCAAAGGAGUAUCUUGGAAAGAACUCAACGCGAGUGACACUGAAACAGUAUUCCAAGUAACACUUAGUCAAGCACUUAUGAUCAAUCACGGUGUCUAUGUCUGUAUUGCGAGUAACGACGUUGAUUUAACAAACAAGACAAUGUACAUGUCAGUGUUGCACAAGCCAUAUUUUAAAACACUCUCAGAAACAUUGUGGGCGUGGGUCGGGAAAACUGUGAACUUAAGUUGUGAACACGAAGCCAAUCCUAGUUCACAAAUUGCUUGGCGGUUCCAAGGAAACGAUAUAUCAACAAACGAGCAAGUAGAAAUUAACAAAAUGAUGGACGAAAAAAUGAAAAAUACUCCUGGUCAGUUCUUACCGCUAGUUAUUGAGCAACCUUACUAUGGAAACUAUGAAUGUUCAGCUAGAAAUGAAUAUGGGAUGAGUACGAAGACUAUAACACUAAGAGAAGGAUUUGUUCCACCUGCUAUCAGAAAUGUAACGAUAGUUGAAACAACGCCAACAUCUGCUACAUUCGCUAUCAUCGGACCCGCCGAAGUAAAUGGUCCGGAAGUGAUCGGCUUCACGGCUGAAUACGACGCAUCAAACAACUAUGAUAUCACUGAUAUCCACAUCAAUCGUACUUGGUCUAUAGACAGACCAUACAAAGUGGACAAAUUGAAACCUAAUACAACGUAUUAUAUCAAGUUUGCAGCUGUGAAUGACGUCGGCGCGGGCCAGUGGAGCGAAACUUUGGAAUUUAUUACUCUAGAGACAUUGGUUCCCGACCGUCCUGAGUGGGCAACAGAAUAUGAAAUUUUACUGGCCACUAGUGAUAGUCAAAGACUCUCUUGGAAGGUUCCAGAAAGCAAUGGAGACUCAAUAGAUUACUACGCUUUACGUUAUUGUUCGAUGUUAGAUCCUGCUCUUGAGAUCCAGGAAGAAUCAUGCAAGGAGGAAAUCGUUGAAACCAAUGAAAUUGAGUUAACAGACCUUCAAUACAAUACAACAUAUCGUUUGGAAUUACUGGCUCACAACUCUCAAGGAAACUCUUCGGUAUCACAACUUCUACUUUAUGUCCCAGAAGGUGACCUGGUACCGACACUUUCAGCAGGAGCAAUCAUUGCAUUAUCUGUACUGGCAGUAUUUGUUUGUUUGUUACUGCUAGAUUUGCUGCUCCUAGUGUGGCGGAAACAAGGCAUCAUCGCCAAUUGCUGUUACAAAAAGAAGAACAGGAAAGAAGAUACGCUACGGUCAAGAGACAAGAAGGGUCUAUUGAAUAAUGGCGAAUCAACUUCAGGUGACAGUUUAAGGCACAACAGUGGUCACAAAGAAUACGAAUAUGAUAAGAAAACGGGAGUCAUCACGGGGAAACACUCCGCCGUAUGAAUUAAAUAUCUCAUCGUUGUAUAAAGUUAUUGUUUAAUGAUGCAAGUUACAGCUAACAGCCAAAAGUAUAUUUAAGAUUACUAGAUUGGAUUAAAAAUUUCAACAAAAUUUCAUUGGAUAACCAAAUAUAUAUGCCACAAUUGGGUUAGUUCUGAAGUUAUUUAGAAAUAAUUAUUUUAUAUAAUAGUAAUUUCGAUAUGAAUCUCUUUUAUUGGUAAGAAUAUUAAGAUAAUCUUAGAUAUUAAAUAGGAAUACGCAU